AACUUGAACGAAACGUUUCUGGUGGGCAAUGUCGAUGAAGAAUGCGUGCAUCUGGUCAAGGCGACGUUCGAGAGCUUGGCCGCGGCCGCGGCGGCGAUUAUUCGCCCUGGCACGAUGUUCCGCGAGCUUGGCAAGCACAUUUCGGCCGUUGCGAAUGGUGAGGGCUUCUCGGUUGUGAAAUCGUACUGUGGGCACGGCGUUGGAACGCAUAUGCAUGCGAUUCCAGACAUCCCCCACUACGCGAAAAACAAAGCUGUUGGCAUUAUGAAGCCUGGCAUGAUUUUCACGAUUGAGCCCAUGAUCAACGUUGGAACGUGGCGUGACCAGACGUGGCCUGAUGAGUGGACGUCCGUUACCCGGGACGGUUUGCGCUCCGCGCGGUUUGAGCACACGUUACUUGUGACGGAGACUGGCUACGAAAUCCUGACUGCGCGC